AUGUGUAUCAAUUUGUGUGUGAGUGAGUGAGUGUGUGUGUGUGUGUGUGUGUGUGUGUUCUCUGGUUUAUGUGUGAAAUGAUUUGCUGACCUGUGCUAUGAGUUAAGGACCAUGUCUCUAAAACUACCUCGCAACUGGGACUUCAGCACCUUCAAGGCUGAGACAGCUCGCAUAGCGCGAUCCAGGAGUGUGACACCUGGAGAGGGAGGCCCCAGCCCGGGCUCGCCGCACUCCCCCAGGUCCAUGGAGAGGCCUCUGAAGGCCGGCUGGCUCAAGAAACAGCAGAGGUCUUUAGUCAAGAACUGGCAGCAGCGUUACUUUGUGCUGAGAGGAAGCACUCUGACCUACCACAAGGAUGACAAGGAGACCACUGUCCAGGGAGUCAUCCAGCUGCGGUUCAGUAAAGUCAACGAACUCCCUCCGAACUCAGAUGACCCCGGGAAGUACCUCUUUGAGAUCAUACCACGUACAAUGGGAGACAGAGAGCGAUGUCCCUAUGUGUUAAUGGCAAACUCCCAAAGUGACAUGGAGGAGGUGUGGGUCCGCACUCUGCGCAGGGUCAUUGGAGUACCAACAAGUGGAGUGUUUGGAAAGAGUCUCAUGGACACAAUAACUUAUGAGCAGCGGUUUGGGCCUCACUUGGUGCCGAUCCUGGUGCAGAAAUGUGUGGAGUUCAUCAAAGAACACGGUCUGAAUGAGGAGGGCAUCUUCCGCCUCCCGGGUCAGGACAACGCUGUCAAACAGUUCAGAGACGCCUUCGAUGCAGGAGAGAGGCCGUCCUUUCCCAGUGACACAGAUGUCCACACAGUGGCGUCACUGCUCAAGUUGUACUUGCGCGAGCUUCCUGAGCCUGUGGUGCCCUGGACUCAGUACCAAGACUUCCUAGACUGCACCAACCUGCUGGACUCCAGCAGCACAGAGGGUUGGGAGAAGUUGGAGAAACAAAUUGCUCUUCUCCCCAGGGUCAACUACAACCUUCUCAGUUAUGUCUGCAGGUUUUUGUUUGAGGUGCAGCUGCAGUCCAAGGUGAACAAGAUGAAUGUGGAGAACUUGGCAACAGUGAUGGGGAUCAACCUACUCAAACCUCAGAUAGAAGACCCCAUAACUGUGAUGAAGGCAACUCCUCAGAUCCAGAAGCUGAUGACAGUGAUGAUCAGACAGCAUGAGGAUCUGUUUCCUCUGUCCAAAGACGUGCUGCCCUCCCCUCCCUUAAACAAGGCUGAAAGCCAGAAGAACAUUCCCCGAAGCUUCGUUGGCUGGGAGUCUGCAGAGAUGGGAGAUGCAUCUCUGUCAGAGUCGCCAGAAGAGGAGGAGGACAACGACAGUCCAGGUCCGCUCAGAGGGAAUAGCAGCCCCAAAAACAUGCAUCAGGAGCCUUGCUCUCCUUCCACAGAUGACUGGCUCGGGAGUCCCCGCAAACGCACUCAGACCCUCCCUACCUUUAACUGCCCCCUCACCGGAAUGGCAGCCAAGGCGGACGCCCUCAGCCGGUGGAGUCACAUCCAGGAGAGCUUUGAGGAGAAGAGCGGGACUUUGUCAGAGGACAUUUUUAAGAUCCUGGACCUUCGGAGUUCAGGUUCAUUGUUCAGAGGGCCUCAGAUAGGUAACAAGGAGGGAGAGGAUAGGUUAACAGCCCGAAGAGGAAGCGACAACACUGUUUCUUCUACUGCUGACUCCCAAAAAUCUGACAGCGACUUCCAGCCUGCCCAGGUGCUUACUCGUCAGAAGAGUGCAGGGAACCUGACAGCGAGCGGUUCAGUCCAGCAGGUCAACAGCAGGUCUGAGCAGAAGACAGACAGCCAGCAGUCUGUGAACAGUCUGCAGCAGGAGAACAGGGAUCUGAAAGCCACAGUUGCAGAGCUCAAGUCUGCCCUGGAGGCAGAACGCCGUCGCGUGGCCGCUGUGGAGAUCUGCCUGAGAAACGCUGAGCGUAGCCGAGACGAGGCCCAGAGACGCAACGAGGAGCUGCAGAGAGACAUUCAGCAGUUCCUCACCAAAACGCCACAAGCUCCCACCUAACAGUCAUUCUCAGACUAAAUGGUAACUAAAUAGGCGGAUGACUGCUUUCAGUUUUACGCACUGUGACCGCCUACACAGAGUUGGCUGAUGGAAGUAUAGGGGCUUUCUCAAGACGGAUCGGCACAUCAGAAGACGUUUUUUUUUUUUCUGAUCGUGACACAAUGACAGAUAACAUGUUUGAUUGCAGAUACUGUUUCAACUGUGACUCAGAUUUAGAUAAACUCUCAAUUCCAGCAUUUCCCCCGGGGGGGGCAGCAUCAUUUCUCAGACAA